UUGGUGAUUUUAGCAAAUUCAAAUUCCACAUUCUUCAUCAAUUGGGGCUUUUCCCCUCUGAAAUCAAAACCCUCGUUCGGUUUUCUACUUUUCAAUUGUGUUACAUAUUCGAAUUUAGCGUUUCUUUUUACAUGGAUGCUGUUGUUAGAAUUGCAAUCUACAUUUGCUAGCUUCAUCAUUGUUGUUUGAAUAGGGAUCCCAUGUUCAAAAUUUACCGCCGCACAACCCUUGGUUGUGCCAAGUUUUUCGAAUUCACAACCCUAAAAUGGAACCCUCUUUUCCAAUUCUGCAGGGCCACCUCCACCUCCAAUUCAUCCUCUUUCGUGGUCUCGUACCUCGUCAACAACUGUGCCUUCUCCCAAAAAACCGCUCUCAAAGCUUCCCGCAAUCUUCAUUUUUCGAAACCCCAAAAGCCUGAUUCUGUUCUCUCCUUCUUCCGAAACCACUCCUUCUCCAACUCUCAGAUAUCUCAUAUCCUCCAAAGAGUGCCCCAGUUACUUUCAUGCAACACCCAAAAGUUGCUGUUGCCAAAGUUUGAAUUUUUGCGUUCAAAGGGUGCUUCAUCCCUUGACAUUAUUCACGUCGUUACCGCCUGCCCUCAUUUUCUCCGACGAAGCUUGGAGAAUCGUAUAAUCCCAUCAUAUGAAUUUAUUAGAGGGCUCCUUCAACCCUUUAUUACGGACAAACAAAUCAUUGAUUUUCUGAUUCACCAUCCUCCUUUACUUUAUGAAAGCCGUGGGGUAGCUAACCUCAAACUGUUGCUUGAUAGUGGAGUUCCCGGUUCAAAAAUUGUUAAAUUGCCCCAGAGAUGGCGUCGUCUACUCUACUUUGGCGACAUGUCAAAGCCAGUUCAGGAGUUGAAGCAAAUGGGCUUCGAUGCUUCGCUUUCAACAUUCUGCAUAGCGUUGGUUGCCAAAAUUAUCGUAAACGAAAGCAAAUGGGCCGAGAAGAUUGACACUUAUAAGAGGUGGGGUUGGUCCGAAGAACAAGUUCUUCCAGCAUUUAGGAGGCAGCCUUAUUGUAUGCUGUCAUCCUGUGAUAAAAUUAAUGCCGUGAUGAGUUAUUGGGUGGAGCAGGCAGGCUUCAAUUCUGUGGACCUUGUCAAACAUCCUGGAAUUUUCUUACUUAGUCUCCGAAAAAGGAUUGCUCCGAGGGCUUGUGUCUUGCAGUUUCUUGUCUCAAAAGGUCUGCUACGGAAGGAUCCAAGCUUAACGACACCAUUUGUUCUGACUGAGAAGUUGUUCCUGGAAAAAUAUGUGAAACGUUUUAGGGAAGAUUCUUCUCAUCUGUUAAAGCUGUACACAGAACAUGAGUCUUGGAAAUGAUAGGGACAAGACCUUGUGUGAACUUGUCUUCAGUAAAACAAGGACAAGAGUGAAAAAAAAGAAGAAACUGUAUUUUUGAAGGUUCUAUACGCAGAGGGACGUCUAUUUCACACCAAGAGCUUCGCAUGUUUGUGUGUAUAGAACUAGGAAUACCAGAAAUUGUCAGGACAACUGAGACAAACCACUGUCUACAAGAAUACAACGAGUAGACAGAAUAUUCAAACUCAACAUUUCUAGAUGUACUUUAGAAGAUGGUCUUUUGCGCUUUUCAUAAGACGAUCACAAUUUUAGAUAAAA